ACGCAUACAUUCACACAAUCACACAUUCACACACACAAUCACACACACACACACACACACACACACACGCGCCGCUUUGUACCGAUCGACCAUGACGCAGAGCCAAGAACAUAUCAGUCGUGAGGUGUACCAGACGACAGCCGAUUGGCUGAGGGCCCACACCCGGCACCGCCCCGAGGUGGCCAUCAUCUGCGGGUCGGGACUCGGGAUGCUCGCUGACACCCUCGAGUGUCAGGACUCCUUCGCUUAUUCUGACAUACCGGGCUUCCCACAGAGCACAGUGAAGGGUCAUGCAGGUCGGCUGGUUUUCGGGGAGCUGAAGGGGAAGGUAUGCGUAUGCAUGCAGGGUCGCUUCCACAUGUAUGAAGGACACACACUCAGCAAGACAACGUUUCCUGUGCGAGUCUUCAAGCUGUUGGGGGUGAAGACUCUGAUCGUGACCAACGCUGCCGGCUCAUUGGCCGACGGCCUCCGGCCCGGUGACAUCAUGAUCAUCAAAGACCACAUCAACUUCCCCGGAUUCGUCGGUCUGCACCCGCUGAUUGGACCGAACGAUGACGAGUUCGGGCCUCGUUUUCCGGCCAUGUCAAAUUGCUACGACAAAGAGCUGCGUUGCCUAGCAACGGACAUCGGCAAGCAGCUGGGCAUUACAGGCCUGAUGCGAGAGGGCGUGUACGCCAUGGUGGGGGGGCCCAACUUUGAAUCCAUCGCUGAGGCAAAACUGCUGCAUCAGCUCGGAGUGGACGCUGUGGGUAUGAGUACGGCUGCUGAGGUCGUCGUGGCAACCCACUGCGGUCUGAGGGUGUUCGGACUCUCUCUGAUCACAAACAAGGUGGUGAGGAGCUACGAGGACGUGGACAUUGUGAACCACGAGGGCGUCCUCGACGUCGGCCGCCUGCGUUCUGUCACUGUGCAGCAGUUAGUGACCGAGCUGAUCGGAAAGAUGGAUAUCAAUAACAACGCCGCCAACGACGCUGCAACAAAGUUGUGAAAACACGUUUUUUUUAGUCUUUUGCUGUAAUAAACACGUGUUUUUGGUCUUUUGCUGUAAUAAACGCGUUAUUUUUUGGAAACCAAAUAUUUUCCCACCAGGGUAAAUUUGAGUGUAUUGAUGUAUGAUAUUGAUUAAUGUAAUGUCUCCUCUAUCUAUCUAUCUGAUGCUGCUUUAAUAUGCUGCUUUAAUAACAAUGAUAUGACACAAUGAUAUUUCUAUGGAAUCCUUCCUGUAUUAUGUAAAAACCUUCGCUGC